AUAGAUCCAAGGGAGCGGCUGGUCGUGUCGAAGCUCGAGCGCAGCGACCUCGAGGACCGGUACCUGCGUCUGCUGGAGCAGGCCCAAGCGCUCAAGAAGCUAUCCAACAGCCAAGAGGACAAGAUCAAGCGGCUCGCGACGAAACUCAUGAGGUUCGGCGCGAGUCCGGCGGGGCGGCCGUCCAGCUGCGGAGCCAGGUUCGACGUAUGCGACGGGCGGGACAGGCUCUCCCUCCUCGAGGCCGAAAAUUCAAAGCUGAGGAGUAAAGUCUGCCUCCUUAGAAAUCAGCUGAUGAACCAGAAGAUAUUUGCGGGCUCGCCGUCGUCUCGGCAGGCGCGCCGAGCCUCGCUGCCUCUCGCCUCCACGUCCGGACCUGCUUACAGGACCUGUCGGAGCGACACCAGCCGGCUGAAAGCAGUGGCACCAGCACCACCGGGUACUGGGCCGGUAUCGUCCUGCCGGUGUGGGAGCGCGCGGGCCGCAUCGACGAUCGCCGACGAGAACGACCUGCAAAACUACUCGCUGAAAAUACAAGACAUGGAGGUCGAGAAGAGGGAGCUGCUGACGCGCAUCGCCGAGCUCGAGCUCGAGUUGGCGGGCCUGACCUCGGGGAAUCGGCGCGAGAGGGUGGCCGAGAACGUCGAGCACAUACGGCUCUGGCGGCAGAUGAAGCGCCAAGGGGAGAAACUCGCGGCCGCCCUGGCUGCCAACGAGGUGCUCGGCAAGCAGGUCUCCCAGCUCAAGCGCAACCUCGACGACAGCUCCAAGAGCAGGGAUCGGGUGAGCGCGGCUCUGGCAGCCGAGAGGAGCCAGCUGGCCGAGCGGGACGCGAGCACGACGAGGCUGGAGGAGUCGGAGCUUCACCUGCGCGAGCGGGACGACAGGAUAGCCGAUCUCGUGAAGGAGGUCGGGAUCCUCCAGCAGCACAAUCGCGAGCUGCUCGAGCUUAGCUCCAAGUUCGCCAAGGUCGAGCGGGAGAACGCCGACCUGAAGCGCAAGGUGGCCGAGCAGCUGGCUGAUCACCAGGCGCUCAGGGACGUCCUCAGCCACGAGAAGGCGGGCGCGGACGCUCUGCAGGCGGCCAACGACCAAUUGCUCGUCAAGCUGCACGAUCUGCAGAAAAACAUCGACCUCAUGACCAUACAGCUCAUGGCGCAAAAUGAAAAGUGCAACAGGGCGGCGAUGUCGAGAAAACCGGGCAAGAGAGCGAGCAACGAGUCGAUCGAGGAGCCGGCCCCGGACCCGACCAAGAAAUCGGCCCCAUCGGGCGACAGGGCCGAGGCUCCCAAACCCACGAGGCUCGGAGGGGAGGAAAAAGGUAUUCAAACGAGCGACACGGCGCGCCAGUCGAAAAGCACAGAGAGCCAAACUGACCGGCCGAUUAUGCCAAUUAGCGCGACUAAAUUGAGCGACGAGGGUAGGAGCGCCAACACCGACGACGUCGAGAACAACAACAUCCGUAAGGGCAACGGUAGGAGCAGCUUGUCCCGCGAGGGGAUGCUCAAGCUACUGGAGCAAGUGCAGAUCAGCACACCCCUCGAGUCCCAGAACGCGACGAUCAUGAGGCACGGGGCCUCGCUCACCUUCACCAUCCCCAACAGGCAGACGAGCAAGGCCUCGACCCUCGAGACCUUUUUGUUCGGCGACGCGUCCUUCUGA